UGAGCGGAUACAGUUUGGAACGGCUACAUCUCUAAACCCGGCCACCUUGCUUCCAGAAACCGAGUCCCCCUCCCUAGUAAUGCAUGAUUGUCACCAGAUCCUAGCUGAAGUCCAUGGCACCAGAGGGGACUUGACGGACCAGCCUUUGCCAGAUGCUGAAGCAACCUGGUACACCGAUGGGAGUAGCUUUCUACGAAAUGAGGCUGUCCGGACACCGGGGCAACUCUCUCUCGAGUACUCAGACAGCGACCUAGAUAUCGUCCAGCAAAUAGGGGCAAAAUAUGACGAGCAAAUGAAGGUCUGGAAACACCAAGGGAAGACGGUCCUGCCCCAGAAAAGGGCCAAAGAACUGGUGACUCACCUCCACCGAUGGACUCACCUCGGACACAAAAAAUUAAAAGCACUCCUCCGGAGAGAAGGCUGGACAGAAGCUUUCCCCACCAAGCGAGAAACCGCCCAGGUGGUUGUCAAGAAAAUCCUGGAAGAAAUUUUCCCCCGGUUUGGACUGCCCAAGGUAAUAGGGUCGGACAACGGCCCCGCCUUCAUCUCCCAGGACAGGCUAAAGGCGCUCCAGAUUAUCCAGCACCAGAUCUGGAAACCCCUUGCGGCUGUCUACCGCCCCGGGGACACAACCGGCCCACACCCGUUCCAGAUCGGGGACUCCGUCUACGUCAGGAGACAUCAGUCCAGGACGCUUGAGCCCCGCUGGAAGGGCCCAUAUACUGUCCUACUGACCACCCCAACCGCCUUAAAGGUAGACGGCAUUGCUGCUUGGGUCCACGCCUCACACGUCCAGCGCGCCCCAUCAACGAGCACCGCUGACGCCAGCCAGGACAGACCGGACGAGCCACUCCAAUGGAAGCUCCACCGCACCCAAAACCCGCUCAAGAUAAGACUUUCAAAAAUUGUUCAAUGACAGUUGUUAUAUUCCUACCUCUCCUAGCGCUCUUCACCUCCGCCAAAGGUGACCCUCAUGCCCUCAAAAGGUUAACCUGGCAGGUACUAACGUCUGGGGGUGACGAGGUCUGGUCUAUAACUAAGACCGCCCCCGUGGGAACCUGGUGGCCUAACCUAUAUCCUGACCUAUGCAAGCUAACCAUAGGGGCCCCUAGCCCAUGGGACCUAGAGGGAUACUUCGACACCUCUAGAGCCCCUAACCAAGAAAGCCCUCCAGGGCGACUGGGAUUAGACCCAUGGGGAGGAUGUGGCACGCCUGACAGAAGGGCCAUGCUAAGCACUCUUCCCUUUUAUGUCUGUCCCGGGCACCACAGAGAUCGCAGGCUAAAUCCCACCUGUGGAGGAGGG